AGGGGUGGAUUCUCCGUAACCAGCUGUAGCUUAAUGUGAUCCUCACUUCUCAUCAUUUCAUUGAUGUUCUCUUGUUUUGUUUUUUUAAUUGUGUCUGUAUUAUCUUUAUCCGCUGCCGAUGUAACAGCUGACGGUGUUUGGAUGCUCCCAAGGUGCACAAAGAGUAGAGGGAAUGGAAAAGAACUUUUAAGCUAUCAAUGUACCAUUCUUUUGAAUCAAGACACUUUGGAUUGGUUCAUUUGCUGUUGAGAGACUAAUCAACAAUGGAGGGAUGUUUGUUACUGUAGUGGAUGACUCAUUGAGGUUGUUCUACCCCCUCUAGACUGCUGGAUAUAGAUUUUUCCUUUUCCUUUUGUUCCACCAGCUUGUUUCACCUCUCAACGACUUUGAAGAAUCAGUUGGGUCUUUUCAUAGAGUGCAAUUUUUGCAGCAAGUGAGAACUUCGGAGGAGCCAAGUGAAGACAAAGCAUGGCUGAUGGAAGCAGCUGAGUGUUGAACCCUUCUGUCCUGGGAAGGCAGUCCAGAUAUGACCACAGUAUCCAUGGAACCUGUGGGAGUCCUCGUGGAAAGGGGCGCCAACGCCACCGACUCACCUCUGAGCACGCAUGAGGACACAGCCGCCACCUUUACCAUCGGCACCAUCCUCUCCAUCAUGUGCCUCGUCGGAGUCUCGGGGAACAUCUACACCCUGGUGGUCAUGUGCCACUCCAUGAGGACUGCAGCCUCCAUGUACAUCUACAUCAUAAACUUGGCUUUGGCAGAUCUGCUGUAUCUUCUCACCAUACCCUUUGUCGUCUGCACACACUUCCUGAAGGGGUGGUACUUUGGGGACGCAGGGUGUCGGAUUCUGAUCAGCAUGGACUUCCUGACCAUGCACGCCAGUAUCUUCACGCUGACAAUCAUGAGCACAGAGCGCUACUUUGCAGUGCUCAAGCCACUCGACACAGUCAAGCGGUCCAAGAGUUACAGAAAGGCCAUCGCUCUGCUGGUCUGGGCGGCAUCUCUCGUCCUCACCCUGCCAAUGAUCGUGAGCAUUCAGCUAAUGACAGUGGGCAACAAGGUUAUGUGUCAGCCCACGUUGUCGCCCCUCUCCUACAAGGUUUACAUCUCCUUCCUGUUUUGCACGAGCAUUGUCGCCCCUGGACUGAUCAUCGGCUAUCUCUACAUCCAGCUUGCACGCACUUAUUGGGUUUCACAGACGGAGACGUUCAAACAGACAAAGAAACUUCCCAAUCAAAAGGUGCUGUAUCUGAUCUUCACCAUUGUGCUCCUCUUCUGGGCAUGCUUCCUGCCCUUCUGGAUCUGGCAGCUUCUGGGUCAGUUCCACCCCUCACUGCCCCUGUCAACCAAAGUCAAGCGCAACAUCAACUACCUGACCACGUGUCUGACGUAUUCUAACAGCUGCAUCAACCCCUUUCUGUACACGCUGCUCACCAAGAACUACAAGGAGUACCUGAGGAAGCACAAGCGGUCCUGGACAGCUGGCAGCUACUUCAACCGGAGGAGUCGCUUUCAGCGUUCGCCACGCAGGUCGCCAUCUUCCAGCAGUCAGCAGUGUACUGAGAGCUUCAUGCUCACACACACCGCCUCCCUGCGAGCGCAUAACAGCAGUUUGUAAGAUAUGGCCGAGAUGUGCUGGAAGAGGAAGAAAGAAGAGGAAGAUGCUGUUGGAGACGACGACAAACACAAGCAGACAACGAACUCCUCGUCAUCGCACACAACUGGAAGAGAGGAUGCAGAUCGAACACACUUUUUGUAAAUUUGCAGUUUAAUACAUGUGGACCAGCAGGAACCGAACCAGAAGCUGGUUUGGUGGUGUUUGAGACCGCUCGCUAACUUUACACCUUCACGUCUGCAAUUAUUUGUCACUCCCACAACUUCCCGUGGCAUGAUGACUUUUAUGCUUUCUUGUAUGUUUACCCUCUGUCCUUCUCACAGCGCUUUGUGUGACAACAGGGCAGUAAUGCUGAUGCACAAGUAUGUUAAAUGCAACAUUGUUAAGGAUUCAGUGGUUUCAUUUUCGAAGAAAAAAAAAAAAAAAAAAAAAGGAAAUUAUAUUGUGUAAACGAAGAAAAAAAAAGUGUCUGGCAUGUGAUAUUUGAAAUCCGGGACACGGUUGCACUGGCUGACAUGUUCUUUAUUACCUAUUAUGAGCUUGGGUACUGUAGUUUUUUUUAUAUAUCUUUGAGUCACUACCCACAGUUUUAUAUAUCUUUGAGUCACUACCCACGGUUUUGUUCUUUUUUGAGAUGGACAAGAACAAUAAAGAGAAAUGGCUGCUUUAUCUUGUGUACAAAACAAGGUCAAUAAAUGAAAACUUGCUUUAAACUUUUUCAAAUAAAAUGUAAAAAAGACAAAUCAAAAUGUAAUUUAUGGUUGAGAGAAAAAAAAUCUAUUCCCCCAUAUAGAUAAUGUUGCUGAUGUAUUUAAUCUGUUUACAUAUAUUUGAAUUCCUUUGCAUGCCGAUACUGCUAUUUAAUGCUAAUGGGAAAUUCUAUCAAUUUCUACAACAUCUCAACAAAAUAGCCAAAAGCGCUUUUUGUGUGUUUUCUCAGAACGGUGAGGCUCCACUGGGGCAUCUAUUUGUCAUCCCAGGGUAGUUUGAUCAUGUUAUAGCUUCAAUUCUGACCGGAGAAAAGAUACAGGGUGAGCAGAGUUGCAGGUAGAGACCAAGCCAUUACAUCUCUAUUGAUUUAACUCCCAGAGCAGCAGGAGACAAGCUGCAAGCAUUGCCUGGCUGAUGCAUAUUUAACUCGUCUAUCCUCUGAAGAAAUCUUGUUCUUAGAUUUGGGAGCUUUUGCACACAUGAGCUGGAAAAUGGAGGAAUUUACACAGAUCUCACCGUGGGAUCUGAAGUUGUUUAAUCGCCUUUUUUUUAGAUGUAGCCUGCUGGCUUUGUACUCAUGUACACUGUAUAUAAACACAUGAGAAAUCCACACUGGCUAUGCUAAUUUGCAGUGGAGUAAAGCCAGAUUUCAUACCCUAUGAUUGAGUCUCCAAUGCCAUGAAUAAUUUACUGGCCUGUCAGCCAAAAAGCAUGACAUGGUUUGGUUGCUUUCUAUCCUCUUUGACUAAGCAAGAGGUUACUUGGAAUACGAAUAAAGCAAAUGAUAAUGCAAACGGACAGUAGCCAACUAGCUAUUGUCCCAUAUGUUGAACAAUAUGAUGCUUUCCGCAAUGUGCAAGGUCCACGUUUUUACUCAUGACGAGGCCUGGUGACCCUGUGUAAUAACAACCAGUUUUGAAGAGAUAUCAUGAACCAAACGUUGCUUCUGUAUUCCACGCCCCUACUGCAGAGGACUCCAGAGUUUGAAUGGUGGAAAGGACAGCAAAGCUCAGUGGUUCUUGGCAAACAUGUCAGCAGAACUCUCUGUCUAAUGUCAUAGGCACAAAAAAUACUUUUUAUUCAACUUCUGUUAAAUCUAACUCAAUAUCUGCGUAUUCAUAAAUUAUACAUUAUGGGCCACCACUGAUUUUACACAUCUAGAUUAGUUUACUCGUUAUGAGAACUGUUCAAGCUAUGAAAACAAUUGACCCUUCUCUAAUCCCCGCCUCCCUUGCUACACCAUUUAGGUGGACCAUGGAGCCCACACUGUCACUAACUGCGUUCCCUAAAGAAAUAAGCAAAUUUUUGGAAAAAUGGGGAAAAAAAGGGUUUCAGAGCGAUGCAGACAACAAUGCAUUUGAAGGAUGUAUCCAGGAUGACAAAAAGAAAAGAUAAGAUAGAGGCUAAAGCAUACAGAUCACAGUGAAAAAAAGUGAACCACCACAUCAUCACCUGUAAAGCCGGGUAGGUCUUAGGGCUAGCUAGCAAUAGCAGUAUUUGUUUACAUUCAGUAUGCCUUCAGCAGCCAGCGAAGCAUAGAAGUGCUAACGCUAGGUACUGAUGUGCUAACGUAUCCUGCUAAUGUUAGCUCCACAGGUUUUUACUUAGAAAUGUAAAUCUUCUUUUAACCUCUCGGGUAGCGAGUAUCAAUAUUACACAACGUUUAACCAUGACUAGCUUCAAAUCCACAAAACCAGCCUGAAAAUGAAGAAUGUCUGAAACCAUUGCAUUGGAGUCUAUAGAGCAGCGCCAAAUAGUUGCCGUGCCCUGGUCAGAGCUGGCCAAUGCUACGCUAUGAUGCUACUCUACGCAGUCUGCGUUUGAGGGGCGGGACUUAGCGCAUGGUCAAUUGUAUAUCCUAAUGUCUUCUGUUGGAGGGACAUUUUUAAAGUUUGAAAAAAUAAACCUAAUUUUUCAUCAAGGCGAUCUCAGCGUAGGCUUCUACACUUCACAUUCCUCUGUGACUACAAACUAGGGGGUUUUAAAGACUGCGUAUACCAGGCAGGGAAGGUCUAACAUGGUCUCAGCAUUAUUAAUCUUGACCCAUUCUGGGUUCUAAACGGAUAUCUGGACCUCUGCUGUUUUUGAACAAUUACAGCGCAUGCCACAUAGCCACAAUGUUCCUGGUUUGACUCCAUUUGGGGACUUUUGUUGCUUGUCAUGCCCCUCUCUCUCUUUCUCUUGAUUAUCAAUUAAAAUCAAAUAAAGAAAUGUUUAAAAAGAAAGCUCUCUGGUAACAAUCUUCAAAAAAAUACGUCAGUACAUGUUGAAAUCCCUAGGUACAGGACAUCUAACGUCAAGUUGUUAAUGUAAAGGUCAUCUGUGGUUAAAUUAAGAUCCACCUUGCGUCAAUCCAAUCCAUUUCCAGCCUAAAGAUAUUUACUUUUAAUUGUACUGAUGGAGAUGAAAUAAGAUCAGGUUGUCCUGCCGGUCUUUCAGAAAUGUUUCUCAUUGUCACACACAGCACAGCCUGGUUAUUUCAACCUUAUUGCAUGGCUUGUAUAUCUACUAAAUCAAACUCGGGUGAAAUGAAUUACGGGGUUAAUAACAGACUUCUCCUUUACUGGAGCCACUCAGAACAUGGGUGGUUAUACUCGUAGCCGACUACGCUCUAGCACCCUGCGUACUUAAUCCUCCACCUGCUUAAUUAGGCUGCGUUGUCAUCAAAUAAGGGAUGACGCACACGGUCUUUUCGUGAGGGGGUUGUCUCCCCUUGUAUUUAUCUUUAACUGCUUUCUCCCUGUGGGUAACACAACACCUGGAGCUGCGGUGGAAAAAAAUAUGCUACUAUUUCACGCUGUUCCGUUCUCAACUGAAGACAAUGAGUGAUGUAAAUGAUGUUAUUAAAAAGAACAGUUUGACCUAUCUGACUCUGCGUCCUUGGUAGAAUAGA